UUUAUUUGAGGGAGGGGGGUGGAGACAGAAAAAUCUUUCUAAACUGUUUGAGCAAACAGGGAAAACAUGCCAUAUGAAUAAAGCACUGAAUUGAAAAGAUCUCCAGUAGGUGUCAUGCAAAAUUCCCAUGACAGUUUCAACGAUCACAUCCCUGACCACAUCCCUGACCUUCACCGCUUCCCUGACCGCUUCCCUGGCCUUGACCGCUUCCCUGACCGCUUCCCUGGCCAGUCCCUUGACCGCUUCCCUGUCCAAAACCGCUUCCCUGGCCGCUUCCCUGACCUUGACCACUUCCCUGGCCAGUCCCUUGACCGCUUCCCUGUCCAAAACCGCUUCCCUGGCCGCUUCCCUGACCUUGACCACUUCCACUUCCCUGGCCACUCCCUUGACCGCUUCCCUGGCCGCUUCCCUGACCUUGACCACUUCCCUGGCCAGUCCCUUGACCGCUUCCCUGGCCAGUCCCUUGACCUUGACCGCUUCCCUGACCAGUCCCUUGACCUCUUCCCUGGCCAAAACCGCUUCCCUGGCCUUGACUGCUUCCCUGGCCAAAACCGCUUCCCUGGCCACUUGCCUGACCUUGAACGCUUCCCUGACCUUGACCGCUCCCCUGACCGCUUCCCUGGCCGCUUCCCUGACCUUGUCCGCUCCCCUGGCCUUGACCGCUCCCCUGGCCAAAUCCGCUUCCAUGACCUUGACCGCUCCCCUGGCCAAAUCCGCUCCCCUGGCCAAAUCCGCUCCCCUGGCCAAAUCCGCUCCCCUGGCCUUGACCGCUCCCCUGGCCGCUUCCCUGACCAGUCCCUUGACCGCUUCCCUGGCCACUUCCCUGACCUUGACCGCUCCCCUGGCCAAAUCCGCUUCCAUGACCUUGACCGCUCCCCUGGCCAAAUCCGCUCCCCUGGCCAAAUCCGCUCCCCUGGCCAAAUCCACUCCCCUGGCCAAAUCCUUGACCGCUUCCCUGACCACGUGGUUCACUGCAUGCAUGACCACUGGUGGUUGGGCAACAUUUCUGUGUGGCAGGACACUGGUCAUCAUGGAAACAGCUUUCAGCAAACAUUGGAAUGUUCUUCGGUUUGGGACAUUGACCCGGCUUCACUGUGUGGACACAGAUAG